GUCUGAUUGGCUCGCGCACGCCAGGUGCGAACUCAGCUGUUCUUUCGGACAACAAAGGCUCGGUCUCCCCCAGAGCUUCUUUAAAUGUUCACGGGAUUGUUUUGUUUGUCCCAGCCACCAAGGGGGGACGCACUCAGCAUGCGCUUUCCCCGAGUUUCUAGGCGACAUUCACGAAUGAGACCGAACCAACGCCGUCGCUGCCGCCCGCUUGCUUUUCUUCUUCCAGCCUGAAAAGAAGCAGAAAGAAAAUAUUCGAAAGAGGCGUGGCUCAUACAUAUUAAUCGACUCUACCGCGGUCGUCAUAGCAAUGCAGUAAUGAUUAUUGACGGCUCUGCUCCCUGAUUGGUGGGCGAAGGACUAAAUUACUAAACCACCUGUUUGGGUGGACUGUUAGAGAAGCUCUGCUGGCUUCUUUGAGGUAAUUUUCGCGCGAGUGGGCGGGGUUUAUACUAAUGAGACCGGGGAAGGAGGCUGGCGCUGCCAAGAUGGCGACGGAAAGGAGUCGCUCUCCGGUGGGGGGCUCGCCAGUGCCGGCCUCGAUGUUCGCCCCAGAGCCCGUCGCGCACGGUGGGACAGUGGCGGCUUUCUCCGGGCCUCACCGCGGCGUCCCAGAGGCUGACUGCAGCGAGGACGGCGAGGUGCUCAAUGGAGAGCCGGAGCUCGAUCUCACCAGCAAGCUAGUAAUGGUGAGCCCAACAUCCGAACAGUAUGAUAGCUUACUCCGACAGAUGUGGGAGAGAAUGGAUGAAGGAUGUGGGGAGACCAUCUAUGUUAUCGGACAAGGGUCAGAUGGGACUGACUAUGGGCUCAGUGAUGGAGACAUGGAAGCUUCCUAUGCCACAGUGAAGAGCAUGGCAGAACAAAUUGAUGCUGAUGUAAUUCUCUUGCGAGAGCACCAAGAAGCAGGAGGCAAAGUGCGUGAUUAUUUGGUGCGGAAGCGUGUGGGUGACAACGAUUUCCUAGAGGUCAGGGUAGCAGUGGUUGGCAAUGUGGAUGCUGGGAAGAGCACUUUGCUGGGUGUCCUCACCCAUGGUGAGCUGGACAAUGGACGUGGUUUUGCUCGGCAAAAGCUUUUUCGCCACAAGCAUGAGAUUGAAUCGGGUCGUACCAGCAGUGUGGGCAAUGACAUCUUGGGCUUUGACAGCGAAGGCAAUGUCGUGAACAAGCCUGACAGCCAUGGUGGAAGUUUGGAGUGGACCAAGAUCUGUGAGAAAUCAACAAAAGUCAUAACCUUCAUUGACCUGGCUGGCCAUGAGAAGUACUUGAAGACUACAGUCUUUGGCAUGACUGGGCAUCUCCCUGAUUUUUGCAUGCUCAUGGUUGGCAGCAAUGCUGGAAUUGUUGGGAUGACCAAGGAGCAUCUGGGUCUGGCAUUGGCACUUAAUGUUCCAGUCUUUGUGGUGGUGACCAAGAUUGAUAUGUGUCCAGCUAACAUCCUUCAAGAAACUCUGAAGCUCUUGCAACGACUUUUGAAGUCCCCAGGAUGCAGGAAGAUCCCUGUGCUGGUCCAGAGCAAAGAUGAUGUUAUCGUUACUGCCUCCAAUUUCAGCUCUGAAAGGAUGUGCCCAAUCUUCCAGAUUUCCAAUGUCACUGGCGAGAAUUUGGAGUUGCUGAAGAUGUUUCUCAAUCUCCUAUCUCCAAGGACAAGUUACCGGGAGGAGGAACCUGCGGAAUUCCAGAUAGAUGACACUUACUCUGUACCAGGUGUCGGGACAGUGGUGUCUGGGACAACCCUGAGAGGCCUAAUCAAGUUGAAUGACACCUUGCUUCUAGGCCCAGAUCCACUAGGCAACUUCUUGCCUAUUGCAGUGAAAUCCAUCCAUCGCAAGCGCAUGCCGGUCAAAGAGGUGCGGGGUGGUCAGACUGCUUCCUUUGCUCUGAAAAAGAUUAAACGCUCCUCUAUUCGGAAAGGGAUGGUGAUGGUGUCACCUCGGCUGAAUCCUCAAGCCUCUUGGGAAUUUGAAGCAGAGAUUCUGGUACUGCACCAUCCUACCACUAUCAGUCCACGCUAUCAGGCAAUGGUACAUUGUGGUAGCAUUCGCCAGACAGCCACUAUUCUUAGCAUGGACAAAGACUGUCUACGCACUGGGGAUAAAGCCACUGUCCACUUCCGCUUCAUCAAGACUCCAGAGUACUUGCACAUAGACCAGCGACUGGUUUUUCGUGAGGGGCGUACCAAAGCUGUGGGCACUAUCACCAAGUUACUCCAGACCACCAAUAAUUCUCCCAUGAACUCCAAGCCCCAGCAGAUCAAGAUGCAGUCCACAAAAAAGGGGCCCUUGACCAAGCGCGAAGAGGGUGGAGCCCAGGCUGGCAUAGUAGUGCUGAACCCCACUGUGGCAGAGGAUGCAGUGUCACUGGUAACAGUUGCCUCAGCACCAUCUGGUGCUCAACAACCACAGGCAAAGGCUGGAGGUGGUGGCCGGAGGCGUGGUGGCCAGCGUCAUAAAGUGAAAUCUCAAGCAGCUAUUGUGACUUCAGCUGGUGGUUGCUGAACAUCUUUUCAAUCAUUGAGAAAUUCACAUCUUCCCGUCCAUUUCUUCAAUUCAAAAACCCGGAGGAGCUUAACCAAAAUCUUUUGCAACCAAUCUCCUACUGUGGAAUUUUGUUUCCCCCAGGCAGGGGAAGGGAGGGAAGUUCCAGAAAAUGUGGGGUUUUCCAUUUAAACGAAGGAAGGUGACAAAGCACACAGGAGACUGACCAACAGCCACCUUCUCCCUUUUCCCCAAAACAUUUUGUACACCUUGAGCUCUUAGUCAUGAUUUUUAUGUUUUUAUUAUGGUGGUUUUGUGUGUGUGUGUGUGUGUGUGUGUGCAUGCGUGCAUGUGUGUUUAGGAGAAUGCAGGUAUAGAAAAGAAAGUACCUGCCUCUUCUCCACUCCCAUGUUCAUCAUUAUGUUAGCUAACCCACUCUCAUUUGCAAUUGGGAAUUUCUGAAAUCCGAGGCCUGUAAGAGUAAGAAUAUAUGGUAGUUGGCUGGGAGGAGAUAGCAGUUCUUCCCCCGUUUCCAGCUGUUUGAAACCAGUACUAGGUCUCUCUCACUGUAAUGUCACCAUGAUCGUAGUUGGUAACUGUCACAAAAGAAACCCCUCAAACCAGCCUCAUCCCAAAACUUGGAUUCCAAUGAGAUCCUAGAAGUCAUAAGUGUGUACUUGUAAGCUUGUUCGCAAGCACUUCAUCCUUCUGGAAGAAAAGAUGGAGAGCUUUGAAAGUGACAGUUGGAGGCUGGAGAGUUUAUUUCACA